AUGUAUAAUCAAAACAUUGAGGAGAGAGUUUUCGAAUGGCCCGUCGGUCGUCAAAUAGAAAACGAUGAAACGUUACAAAUACAACUUUACGUACACAAUAAAUAUUUUAACAAGAAAAUAAUCGGAUUUUAUUGUCUUGUACUACAAUCAUUGAUUGAAAAUGGAAGUUUUACGAUUCGGGACACACUCACCGAUCUCAGUAAUAAACCUAUUCCCAUUAACGUAGAAUUCCACGUGGAAUAUGUUAUGCCGAAUAAAUCACCGUCGUGGAGCGAUACGGAGUGUUUAGAAUCAUUAGAUGACGAUCAACAAAAACUAAUAGACAUUGAACAAAACAUAGCAAAUUUGGAGAAAAGCAUGACGUUGCAAAGAAAAGAAUCCGUGAAAAAAUAUCAAUCGAAAGACAAAACAAAUUUAAAUACGGACAAUCAAAAUCCAAGCGAAGGAUUGGAAAAAUCUCCGGGAUACGAUAAGAAAAGAGCGAGAGCGACGACAGCAUUCAGAAGCGUGAGAAACUUGAUAAGAUUUUCCAGGUACAACACAACGAGAGAAUCUCACAAAGACGACGAGCAAAAAUUAUUGAAAGAAUGGGGAUCGGAUAGGAAACAAUUCGUGCCGUUGAGUUCGGGUAGCGAUUCGGUACCUGAGUCCCUUGCCGGAAGUGUCACGAGUUUAGAAUCCGUCGGUGGGAACGAAAAAGAAGUUUUGGAACGUGUGGAAAAACCCAAAAAAGUGAAACCGACUCUCGCAUCCGUUGCAAACGCCAUAUUGAAAUCUCAAGAUUUUCAAAUUUGCGUGACAAUCAUAGAAGCCCGACAACUUGCCGGAUUAAAUAUGGAUCCCGUUGUUUGCGUACAAGUCGGAGAUCAAAAAAAAUACACGAGCGUUAAAGAAAGCACGAACUGUCCGUAUUAUAACGAGUAUUUUGUCUUUGAUUUUCGUAUGCCGCCCGUCAUGUUGUUUGAUAAAAUCAUAACGCUGUCGGUUCUUCAAGCUCGAAGUUUGCUAAGGCCCAACAGACUUUUGGGAAGUUUUAAGUUGGACGUUGCGACGGUUUGGGCACAGCCAGAUCAUCAGUUUUAUCACAAAUGGGCACUUUUGACGGAUCCCGACGAUAUGAUAGCCGGACCCAAAGGUUAUCUAAAAUGCGAUAUGAGCGUAAUGGGAAAAGGUGAUUCUGUUAAAAUACCACCCAAAAGCGAAAAAGAUGAAGACGAUAUAGAAGCAAAUUUGUUAGUGCCGGCUGGAAUUCCAGUGGAAAGACAAAGAGCUAAAUUUAUAUUUAAAAUAUACAGAGCUGAUGGUUUGCCCAAAAUGAAUUCAUCAAUUGUUGCCAACGUGAAAAAGGCAUUCACGGGAGAAGUUAGAGAUUUAGUGGAUCCAUACGUUCAAAUUUCUUUUGCUGGAUUAACGGGUAAGACGAGCGUUAAAAAACACAGUUAUUCUCCAGUAUGGAACGAACAAAUAGUUUUUAACGAAAUGUUUCCACCCUUAUGUCAACGUAUAAAAAUUCAAUUGCGGGAUAACGAUCCCGUAAACAACACAAUAAUAGGCACGCAUUUUAUUGAUCUCAAAACGAUAUCAAACGACGGAGAGAAGGGUUUCCUACCGACAUUCGGUCCGACAUUCAUUCAUUUGUACGGUUCGACGAGAGAUUACAGUCUCAUAAACGAACAUUCGAAUUUGAAUUCGGGUUUAGGAGAAGGAAUAUCGUACAGAGCUCGAAUUCUCAUGUCGGUCCGAACGGAAAUCACGAAUAAUGUUGAUUUGGUGACGAACGAUGUCGAAGUCGAACCAAUUUUUCCAAUUCAAGAGACUUCUUAUGGAAAAAAUGAAGAAUUUUUCCUAUUUUCGACAAUAUUGAGCGCUACGAUGAUAGAUAAAAAAAUUGGAGAAAAACACAUAUAUUUCGAAUUGAGCAUCGGUAAUUCUGGAAAUUCCAUAGACGGUCACAACAUACCGUGUCAGGUGUUGGACGAUUCGGAUGCGGAAGAUGCGUUAGAAUGCGUGAGAACGGAUUUGACAACGUGUCAAAGUACGACGACGUCAGCAAAACCCAUGACUCACGAUAAAAUUUAUUAUUUUCUACCGUAUUGGGAUAACAAACCUUGCAUGCACACGAUAUCCGUUUGGCCCGAUUUCCGGAAACGAAUGUACAAUUCGAACAUGAUUUCUAAAAUAGCCGAUGCGUUAGAAGAAGGAUUGACGGAAACUCAUAUGUUGAUGGAAUCAGAAAAUUCGAACGCUGAAAAAAAGCUCAAAACCGUUUUGGAAAAUUUAUCAAUGGCUUGCAGUCGUUACGUUAAUUUAACGAAGGGAACUUCGUCGUGUCCGGGAACGGGAAAAACUAAAUUGGACAAGGAAAGAAUGAAAUUGUGUCAGAGAGAAAUAGAAAAAUUGGCAACGAGUUCUAGAAAUUUAAAAGCUCUCGUCACGAAGAGUUCGUUUAAAGAAAGGUACAAAACUGCGGGAACUUAUUUACAAAAAUUGAAAUUUUUAGAAGAGGAUCCCCAACAAUCUUUACCGGAUGUAUUUAUUUGGGCUUUAAGCGGAAAUAAACGACUCGCUUAUUAUAGAAUUCCCGCGAGAGAUAUCAUAUAUUCGGUCGUCAAUGAGGAAUGCGGUAGAGAAUGUGGUAAAGUUCAAAGUUUAUUUUUAAAAUUACCGGGGAAAAAAAGCGUCGGACCGAGCGGAUGGACGAUUCAAGUCAAUCUUCAAAUUUACAUGUGGCUCGGAUUGUUGAAGCAUAAAAAAAAUUACAUCGAGGGAAUACCGAAAGGCUACGAAAUAUCAAACGAAAUUAAAAACGUUGAAAAAUUACGCGCUCCACCACCCAGGGUCCUCCAUUACAGGUCCAUGCAUUCGUUUCAACUGAGAGCGCACAUGUACCAAGCGAGAUCACUCAUCGGAUCCGAUGCUUCCGGUUUAUCGGAUCCAUUUGCGAGAGUCAUUCUCGGAGAAUAUUGUAAAACGACUCAAGUACUCGACGAAACGUUGAGUCCAACUUGGGACGAACUUUUGGUUUUCGACGAAAUCCUAUUGUGGGGAAUCAAAGAAGACAUAAAAAAAGAUCCGCCGACGAUAAUCGUUGAAAUAUUCGAUCAAGAUCGAGUGGGAAAAUCGGAAUUCAUAGGUCGAGCAUUGGCAAAACCUUACGUAAAACUUUUGGAAGAUCCCUACGAAGGUCCGAAAUUUCCUCCCCCUUUGGAAUGGCACGAAAUACUCAGGGGACCUGAUCACGCGGGAGAGCUUUUAGCUUGUUUCGAAUUGUUAGAAUAUACAAAACAUUCUAAUGAAUUGCCACAAUUGCCUUUACCAAAAGAAACUAUAAUAGAAAAUAGUACUGCAAUCGACAUAGACACAGGUCCCCUGUUACCCGUACCUAGAGGCAUACGACCGACUCUGGCUAAGUACAGAAUCGAAGUUUUGUUUUGGGGUCUCCGGGAUUUAAAAAGAAUUCACCUUUUGACCGUUGAUAAACCUCGGGUCGACGUAGAAUGCGCGGGUCACAUAAUCAAUUCUUCGGUCAUACAGAACGCGAAAAAAAAUCCAAAUUUCGGUAAUCCGGUUAAAUUCAUUGAUUUGGAAUUACCGGAACAAGAAUUGUACAGGCCUCCGUUGACGAUAAGAGCCGUGGAUUGUAGGAGUUUCGGUCGUUACACGUUGGUCGGUACGCACACGAUCAAUUCCAUACACAAAUACAUGUUCAUUCCGACAAUCAAAAAAGAAAAUGAAAUCAACAAACACCAAUUGAAACCCCUCCAACAAAGUCCGAGUUGUCACGCCGCUCAGAUGAACUCUUCGGGUGAGGACGUUUCAUGUUAUGAUAAAAACUUUAAGGAAAAUUCUCCUCUCAUACCGAAAGAAACAACUUUAUCAUUAAGUUAUGGUACCGCCGCUGUUAUACCACAUAAAAAACAAAUAAAAGCGGAAAUCAAUAAAAGAAGACGUAAAAAUACGACGAGGGAAUUAGAAGAUGAUGAAGGAAGUAAAGAUUGGUGGACAAAAUAUUUUGCUUCCGUCGAAGCAACCAUAGAAGAAAGUAAAACAGCUAAAAGGGAAACCAUAAUAGCUCAAAAUCAACAAAUCGAAAUUCAAAUGACGUCCGAUUCGUCAGACGUACAAGAUCCAUUUUCCGCGACGUCGGAUCAGAAAAGUCAAAAAAGCAAAACGAAAGGAUCAACGUCAAAAUUUGUAUCGAAAUUAAGUCCGAAAACCGACAGGAAAAAAGUAGAAUCCAAAACGGCUUUGCUAAAGAUUUAUCAAAACGAACUCGAAAAUCAACCGGAAUACAAUUCAUUCAAAGAAUGGCUCCUCAGUUUUUAUUUGUAUCGUGGAAAAAAAACGGGUGACGACGUGGAAGAUGACAGUCGGAUUGUUGGUACGUUCAAAGGUGCCAUCAAAGUUUACAAAUGGCCUUUGCCGAAAGAUGUCAUCGAUCACACGAUUAUGGGAUUCGAUCCUCAACAUGGAUUUUUUCAGGGUUUACCCUCGAGCGAUCCGAUUCACGUUUUGGUGAGGGUGUACGUCGUCAAAGCAAAAGAUCUUCAUCCAAUGGACAUUAAUGGAAAAGCAGAUCCCUACAUAGUUCUUCAGCUAGGUUCGAAAAGGAUAAGCGAUAAAGAAAAUUACGUUUCGAAACAAUUGAAUCCCGUUUUUGGAAAAUGUUUUGAAAUCGAAGCAACUUUUCCGCAGGAUUCUUUGUUAACGGUUCAAGUUUUCGAUUGGGAUUUAGUAGGUUCGGACGAAAUGAUCGGGGAAACGAAAAUCGAUUUGGAAAAUCGAUUUUACAGCAGGCAAAGAGCCACCUGCGGAAUAGCCAGCAGAUACGACGAGUACGGUUACAAUCAAUGGAGGGAUCCAAUGAAACCAAGUCAAAUAUUAUCUAAAUUGUGCAAGGAGGGAAAAAUAGAUCCACCGGUUUAUAACAGGGGAAAAGUCACCGUCGGAAAACAUAAUUUCGUCAUUAAACAAGAAGAAAUUGAUCAGUGCGAUUUUUCUAAAGGGAUCGAAGAACAAGUGGCUCUUUCCAUUUUACAAAAAUGGCAGGAAAUACCAAGGAUAGGUUGUCAGUUGGUACCGGAACACAUAGAAACGAGACCGCUUUAUAAUCCGGAUAGGCCUAGCAUCGAACAGGGUAAAUUAGAAAUGUGGGUCGACAUGUUUCCGAUGGACAUGCCACUUCCGGGACCACCCGUGGAUAUAUCACCGCGAAAGCCCAAAUCUUACGAAUUGAGAGUCAUCAUAUGGAAUACGGAAGACGUCGUUUUGGAGGACGAUGCUUUUUUCACCGGAGAAAAAAUGUCUGAUAUUUACGUGAAAGGAUGGUUGAAGGGACCAGAAGACUGUCAGUACACUGAUAUUCAUUUUCGAUCGUUGACCGGAGAAGGAAAUUUCAACUGGAGAUUUAUAUUUCCUUUCGAUUAUCUCGUAGCAGAAGAGAAAAUCGUCAUAUCGAGAAAAGAAUCCUUGUUUUCGUGGGACGAAACAGAAUGCAAAAUUCCAGCGAGACUCGAAUUGCAAGUUUGGGAUGCGGAUCAUUUUUCCGCCGAUGAUUUUCUCGGAGCCAUAACGUUAGAUCUGAACAGAUUUCCUCGCGGAGCCAAGUCUUCCAAACUCUGCACUUUAAACAUGUUGAAAACUGAUGGUUCCGUAUCGAUGAUAAACAUAUUCAAACAAAAAAGGUUGAAAGGAUGGUGGCCGUUUUACAUAAAAAAAGAAAACGAAGAAAUGGAACUCACCGGUAAAGUGGAAGCAGAGAUUCAUUUGUUGACGAAAGAAGAAGCUGAAAAAAUACCGGCGGGAUGUGGUAGAAACGAACCGGAUCCUUUGGAAAAACCAAAUCGGCCGGAUUCGUCGUUUGUUUGGUUUAUAAAUCCGUUAAAAUCGAUGCGUUACGUUUUAUGGCACAAUUACAAAUGGAUGAUACUUAAAUUUUUAAUAAUAUUGGCUUUGGCUUUGAUACUUUUUUUAUUUUUUUAUUCGAUACCCGGUUACACGGUCAAAAAACUAUUGGGGGCUUAA